AUGGCCAAGUCGAAGAACCACACGGCGCACAACCAGUCGUACAAGGCGCACAAGAACGGCAUCAAGAAGCCCAAGCGCCACCGCCAGACCUCCACCAAGGGGAUGGACCCCAAGUUCCUGAGGAACCUGAGGUAUUCGAGGAAGGGCAACAAGAAGAGUGGUGAGGCUGAAGCUGAGGAGUAG